UGAAAUGAAACUAUUUGAAAUGUUGAUUAUUCCGAGGAAAUUUAAAUUUUGGUUUGGUGCUUUUUCUUGUUUUAUUAUUUGUACUUUGUCUUUGGACGAAGGAAUUUUCUUCCAGAUCUCAGAACCGGAAAACCUUGCCUAUCUUUAUCAGAUAAAUCCAUCCUAUCACAUUGGACAAAAAUUUCCUGAUUAUCCCAUGAGAGAUGCAAGUAUGACUUAUUCUGAUCCACCAGAAGGAUGUGAAGAGCUUAGUUCAAAUUAUGGAGAAGUUAUUCUUUUAGAGAGAGGUGGAUGUCCUUUUAUUGAUAAAGUUUUAAAUGCCCAAAAAGCUGGCGCCAAAAUUGCAAUAAUUACUGAUUCUGAAGUUGGAAGUGAUGAUUUUAUUGAUAUGGUUAGUGAUGAUACAAAUAGAAAGGCAAAUAUUUCAUGUGCUUGGUUGCCUGGAAAUUCUGGGAGGCGUAUUAGGCAAUAUUUGUUGUAUACAAAUCCUUCUAUAAAUAUUGAUAUUCCUUUAAAUUACACAAACAAACCAUUGAGGGACACGUAUUCAUCGAAACCGCAUUGGUAUAAUUUUUAA